AUGUGGACUGAUAGCAGCAUUGCUCAAGCUCAGGAUGGAACAUCCCAGGCCAGUAAGAUUGCAGGCAGGAGAAAGAGAACCAGCUUCACCAAAGAACACUUGGAACUCCUCAGAAUGGCUUUUAGUGUGGACCCCUACCCUGGCAUCAGUGUCAGAGAGAGCCUUUCUCAAGCCACCGGCCUUCCAGAGUCACGCAUUCAGGUUUGGUUCCAGAACAAGAGAGCAAGAACCUUGAAGAACAGGGCCACCCGGACCUCUCCUCAACCAGAAGCGGUAGUGUCUCCUCUGUCAAGCCCCUUCCUGCCACCUCACAUGGUUGGAAUGAUGGAGAAUGGUCAACCAAGGUCCAUGACAGAAGCACCAGUUAACUUUAGCUUCACCCAGCCUCAGAUGAAAGAAGAUGGCGAUCAGGAGGGAUUCUUCUCUGACAUGUCUUCACAGAUCUUCAGCUUUCCACUGAGUGGCACCUACUGCAGCACUCCAGUCACCAGGCCACGCCAGGACAGGCUGAUGGGCACCAGCUUGAGUCCUUCUCCUCUUACUUCUGAUCUGGAGGUCACGCCAGUCAGCUGGUCCUCAGUAAGAGGAGGAAGAGCACAGUCUACUUCAGAUUCUCUGUGGAGCCCAGCACCAGCACUUCAGGCCAUUGGAAACAAUGGCACAGAUGAGUCAAGUCAGGUCUUCCUCUACCCACCACCUCCAUAUCCUCAUGGCAGUGUCUGCAGUGGAUAUGCUGGAGGUUUGAAGUCCAACUCCACCUCCCCUGGAUCUCCUGAUUCUGCUUUUUGGGAUAUGGGGCUGGACAGCGCCUCUCCAUCCGUGCCAUACCCUCAGGGUGGCAGCCUCUGGGAGGAGCCCACUCGGAUGCAGUCUCUGGCCCCACUGCCCAACCUCUCCUCUCAGUGUGUGGAGGAAGUUCUUGGAGAGAUGCAGCCAGGUUGGUGGAAGAUCAACGGGCAGAUGGAGCUUCAGUAGUUUUAAUACUGGAUGGAAUCACAUUUUUAUUUAUUAUUUUUUUAGUCAUAAGAUUUGACUGAUUUUUAAUGCAAGGACUCUAAGCUGCUUUGUUUGCCUACUUAAUGACGACUCAAAUCAAAUGACUUGAAAUGAUUGAAAUGAUCAUAUGUUCAGAAUCUUUUAUUUAUGAUAUUGUGGUAAUGCAGGUCACACAACAAUAUCAAACCUCAGACAGAGGAAACUAUUUGCUCUUUAUAUUUAAUGUGGAUCUCUUUCAAAUAGCAGGUCUCCAAAUGACCUAAUGCUGCAAGAAUCCAUCAGUAUUUAUGACCAUUGGUCCUUGUUGCAUAUUUAUUUUAUAAUUUAUUUCACCACAUUGUUGGGAUGCAGGAUGGUAAAAUGUAA